AUGAACGGUCGGUGGGCUAUGAUGGCGGUCGCCGGCAUGUUGACGGUGGAGGCCUUGGGAUACGGCAACUGGUUCGAUGCCCCCAAGUGGGCCUUAACAGAGGGUACCCCUGCCACGUACCUGGGCAAUCCAAUACCAAUCGACCUGAAGACCCUUGCCGUCAUAGAAUUGUUCUUGAUGGGGGGUGCCGAGGCAAAGAGGAACGAGGAGACCGACCCUGAGAAGCGGUGCUACCCUGGUGGCGCCUUCGACCCCUUCGGCUUGUCCAAGGACCCCACCAAGCUGGAGGAGCUGAAGUUGAAGGAGAUCAAGAAUGGCCGCCUGGCAAUGUUCGCCUCGGUUGGUUUUUUCUGCCAGUACGCUGCCACUGGCACGGGCCCUGUGCAGAACCUUAUUGACCACAUCGAAGACCCCUUCAAUGUGAAUUUCGCCACAAAUGGCGUGUCGCUUCCCUUCUGA